AUGGAAAACACUUCGACGCUGUUUCUUGGUUUACAGAAUCCACCAGCACAAAUGUUGAAUUUCAACAAUAAUCCAGACGGAUUUUCGGGUGCUGUUAGUCCAUUGAUUAUGGAUACUUCAGAAAAUCCGCAAGAAAUCGUUGGACAAAAGAGUCAAGAAGAAUAUACGACAAUGAAAUGUUUUGCAAACUUAUCCAGUUUAAAUAGCAUGCAAAAUUUACCAACACAAUUAUCGAACGGGAUUUUGAGUUCAGAUAGUUCAACAAUUGCAUUCACCUCAAAAAAUCAAAGAGAAAUAUCUGGAAUGAAAAGUCCAAACAUUUCGGCUUCGACUACUCCCAUAAGUUUAUCCAGCGUGAACAGCCCGGCAAGCACAGAAAGCCAGAUGUCUUCUCCGGCAAGCAUUACAAACAUCAAACACCAAAUCAUUGAAGAAGCGUUCAACGAGUAUUUUAAGCCAAUAGUCCCACGUCCAUCACAGCACAGAGAGUUAUUUUAUGGAAUUUUAAAAGCAUUUUUACUUCUAGAGAAUCGGCCGAUUGCUGUAAAAGAUUUAGUGAAAGUAGUUGUAAAAAAUAAAUUUGCCAAGCCUAAAGGUUCAACUCCACAUCAAACAAUUUCAGCAGCAUUAUCUAUGUACAUAAAUAACAACGAAGCAAGAACAAAAACUGACGCGAUAUUAUACAAGACGGAACGGAGAAACAAAGAUACAGCAUCGCGCGUUUUCUGGUCGUUAAACCUAGAUAAUCCUAAAAUCAGAAUUGCAUUAAACGCGCUUACAGAAAAACUUCGAGGAAUAAGUUUUUCACCUCUGUCAGAAAUAUCGUCACUAGAAUCAACCGUCACGUCUCCGAGAGCAGAAACACCAGAAAUGCCGGUACUAUAUAUGACUUCUCCAACAAUUUUAUCGCAACCAGAAAUGCCAGCUUCAAUUAUAGCAUCUCCAUCAGCUCCCCUAUCACCAAUAAAAGAAAUUCCAACUCCAACAAUAACGUCUCUUCCGAUUUUAUCUCCACAACUACCACAAACAUUUGUUGCAGCCGAAGAAUCUAUAACUGAACAAAAAGUGGUUGCUAGAAAAAAUAAAAGAAAAUAUGUACCCGAUUCUACCGAAAAUCAUCGAGUUACCAGGCAGCGAACAGAAAAAAUAAAAAUUGAGUCAAUCACACAACCUGACCCACUACCAAAUCUCACAAAUCAGGAGGAGAUUGAAAGAAGGAAAGUAAAUCAGUUAGCGGAAAAACAUUUUGGUGGAUCGUGUUCACGCCCAGAAGGAGAAUUUUUAAUGGCGGGUAUAAAGGGACUGUUGAUGUUGGGCAAUCAAGAGACAAACAUCAAGAAUCUGGCGAAUGCAGUUAUGAAAUAUAGAGGCUUUCCGCAAGCACCAGCAAUUACACUGUACAUUGGUAUGUGCAAAUGCCUUCAGGGCAUGGACGCACAAAAAUCAUCUUUCAUAAAAAAGAUUCGCCGCGAUGCCAAAUCCAGCAUCGCCUGGAAAUUAGAAGAAACCCAUUCAGAUGUUCGAAAGAUAAAAUAUUUUGAGAACUUCUACAACGGUGUCAAAAAAAUUGACUGUUGA